UCCAUCAACUUCCCGGCGCGACGGCAUGGAAGAGCAUCCAGGCCAGCGCUCCAGCUCCAAGGCGGCGAGGCGUCUGCGCAGCCUCCUCGCUCUCGCCGCAGACUACAUCAAGUACCUCUUCAUGAACCGCCGCCGGCUCGUUUGCAGGGCGGCGAGGCGAACCAUCGCUGUUCUAUCCUCGUACCACGGCAAGAGCAACAAGCACCUGGCGCCAUACUGGCCACCUCGUGCGCUUGCGGAGCACGAGUUCUCGUGCAGCGACAGCCCUAGCCCCACAUUCCUCGCGGCCAAGAGGUUCCGAUCGCGGCUGAAGCGCAAUGCGGCGGCCGGCUCUUCCUGCUUCGGAGCCUCCCUUGGGGCCUCGUACGGGUCGCCGCCAGUGACAGAGGAGGAGGAUGUGAUGGUUGAGGAGGAGGAAGAUGAGGCUGAUGGGUGGGCGUGCUAUGGGCUCGAGCUUGACGUUGACUACAGGGCGGAGGAGUUCAUCAACAUGUUCUACGAGCAGCUGAGGGCGCAGAACUUUGCCACGGCUUUUCAGCGGUCGCCGUGACGGAAGACACUGGGAGCUGAGAGAGUUCAGAGCUUGCGGUUUCAGCGCCGCUCCCGACGGCGCGAGAUGAUCCAAAGGGUACGUUAGGUACGUGACAGAUGUGUCUUCGCUUGUGAGUUUUGAUGAGGAGGGAGAGGAACGGGACAUAUUAUAGUACUUUUUUUUUUUGUUUUCACCGAUGAGCCUGAAUCAAUGUUGGUUUACCUUGUAAUUGAGUCUGCCUACGUAUACAUAUGUUCUAUUA